CGCAAUAAAGUCAAUCACGUCUCACGUGUACAAGAAGAAGAAUCAUCGAGACAUCUGCGGUUGCGGUUUACAAGAUCCGAUUGUGCCACUCUUCCUCAACUCCUGACUCGCUCGUUCUCACUGCCCCAGUCGUGGUCUUCAAUCCGCUCCUCAAUCUCAGUGGCGGUGAAUCAUGGACGUCGAUCCUCGUCACUACGAUCACGUUGCUAUAAAUGACAAUGACAUCCACAACGUUGUUAUAUCAUAUCUUGUACAUAAUUGUUAUAAAGAAACUGCAGAAUCAUUUAUUGCUUGCACUGGGAUGAAGCAGUCUGCUGACCACAUCGAGGACAUGGAGAGGAGAAAAAGAAUUAUCAAUUAUGCAUUAGAGGGUAAUGCCCUUGAGGCCAUUGAACUGACGGAACAGUUGGGUCACGACUUACUGGAGAAAAAUAAAGAAUUGCAUUUUGAUGUACUGAGCCUUCAUUUUGUUAAUCUUGUCCGCUCUAGGAAAUGCACAGAAGCUUUGGAAUUCGCCCAGACCAAGCUGACCCCCUUUGGAAAGAUGGAUAAAUAUGUUAGCAAGCUUGAAGAUUUUCUCGCGUUGCUUGCUUAUGAGGAACCAGAGAAAUCCCCAAUGUUUCAUUUGCUCAGCAUGGACUACAGGCAGCAAGUUGCAGAUAGUUUAAAUCGGGCAAUUCUUGAACAUGCAAAUCUACCGAGUUAUACUGCGAUGGAAAGGCUCAUACAACAAACAACAGUUGUUAGACAGUGCUUAAGUCAAGAGACUGGGAAGGAUGUACUUCCUCCAUUUUCAUUGAAAGAUUUUCUCAGAAGCUAAUUGAGAAGAUAUUUGCUAGGAUCGCCAUCAAGGGGCAGUCGGCAUUUGGUUUGUAAUGUAAGUUAUCCUGCCUGCUCACCAGCUAAAGCUGUGCCGGGCUGUCCCAUGUCCUAUUACGUAUCUAAGUCGCCUAUGUGCUUUUCUCAAUUUGCAUUACAGAAUGGGGCUCAAACUUUAUGCCAAUUGGUUUUAUCUACGCGGUCAGUUGAUCCAAUCCAAGGAUUGUAUAUGUUGCUUGCUUUUGCGGACCUUUGGGAUUCAAAUUAUUGUGUAAUCUUUUUUCAUUAUCCAUAGGCACUAGGAGAGUUUCUGGCUUUUGUUGUUCAUUUUGUGGUUUCCUUUAAAAUGGUUUAAGUUCAGUAGAAGAAAGAAAGAUGUUUUUGCUUUGGAGAA